AUGUCGGCCAACCCUCUUGCCAACAAGGCUGCCCCAGGCAUCCCCUACUUCACGCCUGAGCAGACCAUCCCCAGCGGAACUGCGUUGGACCCCCAGCCCGACAACAAGCCCAUCCCCAAGCUGUACACCCCAUUGAAGCUGAGGGGCUUGACCAUGCAAAACAGAAUCAUGCUCAGCCCUCUCUGCCAGUACUCUGCUGAGAACGGACACCAGACCGCAUGGCACAUGGCCCAUCUCGGAGGUAUCAUCUCCAGAGGUCCUGGAUUGGCCAUCGUUGAGGCUACUGCCGUUGUCCCUGAGGGACGUAUCACACCCGAGGACUGCGGUCUCUGGCAAGACAGCCAAAUCGAGGCCAUGAAGAAGAUCGUUGACUUCGCCCACUCUCAAAACCAGAAGAUCGGUAUCCAACUUGCCCACGCUGGUCGCAAGGCCUCCACCGUUGCCCCCUGGAUCUCCAUGGGCGCAGUCGCUACUGAGGACAUCAACGGCUGGCCCGACAACAUCAAGGCCCCCAGCGCCAUCCCAUACAGCCACCGCCUCGGCAACCCCAAGGAGAUGACCCUCCAGGACAUCGAGGACCUCAAGACCGCUUGGGCUGCUGCCACCAAGCGCGCGCUCGCCGCUGGCUUCGACACCAUCGAGAUCCACAACGCCCACGGCUACCUCUUGCACAGCUUCGUCUCCCCCGCCUCCAACCACCGCACUGACCAGUAUGGUGGCUCCUUUGAGAACCGCAUUCGUCUCAGUCUUGAGAUCGUUGACAUUACCCGCUCCAUCAUCCCCAAGGACAUGCCUCUGCUCUUCCGUAUCUCCGCCAGCGACUGGCUCGACACCAACCCUGAGUACAAGGGCGAGAGCUGGACGAUCAACGACACCAUUAAGCUUGCCAAGAUCCUUGAGCAGCGUGGCGUUGACCUGAUCGAUGUCUCCUCUGCCGGUCUCAGCCCAAUGCAGAAGAUCACCACCGGCCCUGGUUACCAGGUCCCCUUCGCCAAGGCUAUCAAGAAGGCCCUUGGCCCCAACAGCACCCUGAAGGUCGGAGCUGUCGGCUCUAUCCUUACUGGUAAGCAGGCACAAGCCAUUGUCAGCGGUAAGGGCGAGGAGGCCAGGGGUGAGGAGGAAGUCGACGUUGCAGUUGUUGGCCGUAUGUUCCAGAAGAACCCUGCCUUGGUCUGGACCUGGGCUGAGGAGCUGGGCGUCUCCAUCAACGUCGCCAACCAGAUCCGCUGGGGCUUUGGAGGCAGACCAGGAGCUCACUUCGAGAACCCCAAGGAGAAAUAA